AUGGCAAACGUACCGAUAAUAGACAGAAUCAAGAUACCAACAAGAGAAGAUAUUGGACCAUAUCAUUAUACGGAAAAAACCGGUGCUACGGACAAAAAACCAGCAACGAAGAAAAAUUCUACCAGCUCGAAGGAAACUUCGACAUCUAAUAGUGAAAAUUUAUUGAACGCGGUAUCAAGACCAUUCGGAGCCAAUCUUUCCAUAACCGGUCAAACAACUAUCAUUGGUGCGGAUGAUAUGAAAGACGAAUCAAAGGUAGCACCAACCAAUCGACACUUUGUUUGGAGGGACAAAGCUCAAUUAAAAGUAACAACAGGUCGAGAAAGUGACGAAGUAUUCGGUGACAGGACGACUAUUUCUGCCAAUCUUAAAACGAUUGCUGAGAAAAUUGAUGGAUGGUGUGCAUUAUGUGGUACUGAUCAACAAUACUUUAUGGAAUCAAUCCAGAAGAUCGAUGAACAAGAGAGACCCAUGUCGUCACGAACACAGAGUUCAACGAAACAAUUUGCCCUUCCGCAAACUCAGUGA